UUCAAGUGAACUAACAGACACACCGCAGCGUGAAAGAGUCCUGAACCGAUACAGAAGGUGAAUCUUUACAGUACAACCGUCGUCUGAAGCUAUUUGAAACGGGGCCUCGAAUUUAAAGAGGGGAAAAAAGAAGAAAAUGAACCAUCUCCCAGAACACCUGGAGUGCGAUCCAAGCCUGGAGGCAAAAUGACGGAUUCCAGCUAGGAGAUGACAAAACUAGCAAUGGAGCCAUUAUAUGAGGAAUACCUAGCAAAUCGUGGGACAAUAGUAAAACCUUAUUACUGGCUAAGCUUCUCUCUAGAGUGCGCUAACUGUCCUUACCAUAUUCGGACAGGCGAAGAAGCAAGAGUUUCCCACACAGAAUUUUAUCAGAUUUUUGGAUUCCCUUAUGGACCCACCUAUCCUCAAACAAAGCACCUCACGUUUUAUGAACUGAAAACUUCUACCGGAGGCCUGGUGCAAAAGGGCCACGCGAGCAGUUGCACGACGAACAAUACCCAUCCAGAAUCUAUGCUGUUUGAGACGAACGGUUAUUUGGACUGGGCCAUAGACAACAACGACGGCAUCCAGCACAUCAUUCUGUAUUCCAGCCACUCCCCCUGUAAUGAAGCUGACCACUGCUGCAUCAGCAAGAUGUACAAUUUCCUGACGACGUACCCAGAUGUCACUCUUAGCAUCUACUUCUCUCAGCUCUAUCAUACUGACCCUGACUUUCCUGCCUCGGCCUGGAACCGCGAAGCUCUCCGGAGCCUAGCGAGUCUCUGGCCCAAGGUCACUUUGAGCCCAAUAAGUGGCGGCAUCUGGCAUUUUCUCCUCAACAACUUUGUGAGCGGUGUCUUGGGAUCAACUGUUUUCCAACCCAUUUUAACUGGGCGAGCACUGGCGGACAGGCACAAUGCAUAUGAGAUCCACGCCAUCACAGGAGUGAAACCUUACUUCACUGAGGUUCUACCCCAGGCAAAGCAGGAUCCGAACGUAACAGCUCAGGCAGCUUUAGAAAGCCACCCUUUCAUCAGUGCCUUUCCUGGACAGUCUCCGCCAGUGACAAGUGGACAAUCACCACCCAGUCUGACACCGGGCCUCAGGGUUCCUGUCGUGUUUGUGCUGGUGCCUUUCCGAGACCUACCACCAAUCCAGGUGGGUCAAGGCCCUUAUAAGCCCUGGAAUGUUGUGAGGCAUUUAAAUAUGCCUCAGAUGUCACCCCAGGAAACCAAGGACCUCCGAAGGCCUCCCAUGGCAAUGCCAGUGGAGACGAUGGAAUUCACAGAACAGUCUGGAAGUAGCAGCAAGGCAGAUGACAAGAAGAAGAAAAAGAAAGGGAAGAAAUAAAAUGGACAUUCCUGCAACGUAAGACCAAACAGCUAACGGAAGACUUAGAAGAUAGCCAGCAAGAAUCUGGAAACUUUCUCUCUUAGGUAUGAUCCAAGAUGGAGCUAAACUGAUACACUAUAGGCAAAACCUGAAUUAUUUACCAGCUUAACUAUUAUAAAGCUACACUAUUUUAAAUAUAAUUCAAAAUGUUUCCAUAAGCAACUUAUUAUCUUUCCUUUAUUUUUGAAAAUGACAGUAUCCAAGUGGAGCCAUGAGUACCUUGCUAAUAUUUUGGUGUAAAAAAGAAAAUGUUAUUAUUCCGGUCUACCCAUAUCAUCUUUCCACUGAAAAUGCCGGUGGAUCAAAUAGCUUCCUAAAUUGGUUUUAGUAUAAAGAUUUACUAUAAAGUUGGAAAACAGCCUGAAGUUACUGAUUCUCAGUACUGUUUGCAAAAGCAAACCAGUGAUUUUCCAUUAAUUGUUCAUUGUGGACAGAAGAUUUUAGGCAGCCUUUUCUUUUCUUUUUCUAAAGUGGUUCAAAAUAGUUCUGUGCGUGGGGAAAAAGCUCUUUUGCUAAUUGAUUAGCUAUCGCUACAAAAACUGAUUUUUGAAAUGUAGCCACGCGCUGGGUUUGAUCUUUCCCAGCCCAGACCUCUGCCUCCUGAGUGGAUGAGAGAGGCAGGUGACACAUCAGACUCUCCAAGGUUCCUCCCCUCACACACCAUGUAAUAGCCAAACCCCUCUCACUGGCUUCCAAAGCUACUCCUCUACCUUCCUGUUGCCCUGUCUCAUCAGCAAGAUUAUAAAUUCCUAUAGGUCCAGCGCUGUCUCUUUCACUUAUUUAGUUUCCCUUUAGGAUCUAGCACAAUAUCCCAGGCAAAUAGGGCUAGCAAGGCUGUGAAUCUACAUCUCAGAACUUUACCAAUCCCUGCUCCCCAACAUGUCUUCUCCAUUCCAGCCAAGUGGCCACUUAACUCUCCUGCAAUGGACAUCUUUUUUGUUGUUGUUAGCAUCCAUUCCUCCUCCUUCUGACAUAGCCCCAGUGCAUAAUUGGUCCUAGUUCCCUUUUUUUCUGACAACUUCUUUUUCACCAGUACAUAUCUAUACCUUGUCUCAAACUCUUGUUCAAAGGACACUUCUAGGAGGACUCUGACUAACCCUCUGAGCAUGUGCAUUAAACCACAUUUGCUGCCUCACUUCCCUCUUAAAAGAAAAGAAAAAUGUUUAAAAUA